UCAAAGAUGGAUGUGCAAAUCUCAGUUUUUCUUCUGUUCGUUCUUUUCACUGCAGGACACUCNNUCAGCUGUUAUGAGUGUUUGGGUCUGACGGGUUCUUGUGCAGAUCAAACUGUAAAGACAUGUCCCAGUGGAUCUUCCAAGUGCAUGAGUUUAACAACAGCGGCACAAGCUGAUGGCAUUAGUGUUAAAAUGAAGGUUAAAGGCUGUGCUGCUGACUGUAUGAGUGGGUCCAUGAACAUCGGCACUGGAAAGACAUCUUUUGCAUGCUGUAACACAGACAAGUGUAACGUCCAAGAUGCUCCAGAUCCCUCUCAUACCCCCAAUGGAAAGACGUGUUACUCUUGUGUUGGACAGAGCUGCUCAAACAUAAUGAGCUGUUCAGGGAGUGAAGACCGCUGCAUUAAAGCAACAGCGAGUUAUGGAGGGCAGUCAAUGGUUGUAAAAGGCUGUGUCUCUCAAGCUAUUUGUGAUGCCACAACAACAACAUCGGUUCCUAAUGUUCAGAGCAUCUCAUGUUGUGAGGGGAACCUGUGUAACGGUGCUAAAAGUGUCACUCAGAGCAUGUUCCUCUGCUGUUUUCUGCUCUCCUUCCUCCUGCUGCACUGAAUCCAGCAGCUCUUCACAUUCUACAAUGAGACACAGUACUGAAUAUAGAGCUUGUAUUUUCUUUGUACAAUGCAUCUUUUGUGUCCUGAUUCUGAUGUGACAUCUUUUAAAAU